CUUUUAUUUACGUUUGGGGUUUCCCCAAGUCACCUCAUCUCACUUUCUCUCUCUCUCCUUCCCCAGCCAUGGCAAUCCGCUACCCGAUGGCCGUUGGCCUCAAUAAAGGCCACAAGGUGACCAAGAAUGUGGUGAAGCCACGCCAGUGUCGACGCCGUGGACGCUUGACCAAACACACCAAAUUUGUUCGGGACAUGAUCCGGGAAGUGUGCGGCUUUGCACCCUACGAGAGACGCGCAAUGGAAUUGUUGAAAGUCUCCAAAGAUAAGCGGGCGCUGAAAUUCAUAAAGAAACGAGUUGGGACUCACAUCCGGGCCAAGAGAAAGCGUGAAGAACUCAGCAACGUUCUGGCAGCCAUGAGGAAGGCUGCCGCCAAGAAGGACUGAGUGGCUGUAUUCCAAUAAAUGUUGUUUUGAACACCUA